AUGGCGGACUCGGCCCAGUCGCCCACCUCGUCGGCGGCGUCCGAGGCCGGCGACGCCGCCGCCAUGGCGGCACGCUGCAAGAAAGAGAAGCAGCACCCGGAGGAGGACGAGCAGGAGGACGAGCAAGACGAGGAGCAGGGCUCAUCGUCGUCGCCGCCGGCCGCGGCUCCCUCCGCCGGCCGGCCCAUCAAGGAGCGCCACUCCCUGAGCCUCGAGCAGCGCCGCGCCCUGCGCCGCUGGGCCUCGUCGCAGGCCGUGCGGCCCUCGCACCGCGCCUGCAUCGACUGGUUCCGCAGCCAGUACAGCCACACCAUCUCGCAGUCGACCGUCUCGCACUCGCUGUCGCCCAAGUACGCGCGCCUCGACGGCGACCCGCCGCAGCUGUCGGGCUCGCGCCUGCGCUUCGGCAACUGGCCCGACGUCGAGCGCCUCGUCCUGCUGUGGCACGGCCAGGCCGUCGCCUCCUCGGGCCGCCACCCGACCAACGACGAGCUCGCCGAAAAGGCCAGGGACAUCUUCGCCCAGCUGCCCAAGUACAAGGGCGAGGCGGCGCCCGAGUUCAGCCCGGGCUGGAUCCACCGCUUCAAGAAGCGCUACGGCCUGCUCAUGCGCCGCCAGCGCCGCCACCACGCCGCCCACCCGGACCCGGCCACCGACGUGCCCUACCUCGUCGGUGCCGUGCCGCGCUUCCUCAACGUCGGCCCGGACACCAGCCCCGCCGCCAUCCGCGACGCCGUCCAGCGCGUCGUCGGCGUCGAGCCCACCCUCGUCACCUGCGCCCGCGUCCGCGACGACAUCGUCCGCAACUCUGGCGGUGGCACCCCCCUGGCGGGCGGUCACCACCACCACCACCACCAGAGUCAACCGCCAGACCUCCUCCUGCAGCAGCAGGAGGGGGAGCACCAUCCGCCCGCGCCCAGACCCGCCAUCGGCGGCGGCGACGGCUUCACCGACGAGGACGCAGAGGUCGUCCUGCAGAACGCCCUGCGCGCCCUGCAGCAGGAGGAGGCCGAGGCCGAGGCCGCCGCCGCCGCGGUCAGGGAGGCCCGGGACCGCGCCGAGCGCGCCGACCGCGGCCUGCCGCCCCCGGGCAGCAACAGCAGCGCCACGACGCAGCAGCAGACGUACGCGCAGCACGCGCUCGCCACCACCACCACCACUACUACUUCCGCCGCCGCGGCAUCAUCAUCAUCAUCGUCGUCGGGAGCGCCGACCACACCGCCGCCGCCGCCCCGACAGGAGCCCGGCAGUCUCAGCAUCGGCGGCAGUGCGCCGCCGUCGUCGGUGGGCGCCAAGUUCGCCUCUCUGCUGGGGGCGGGCAACCCGCUGACGCUGACGCCGAUCCCGGCCGACGGCCCCGCCACUGCGGCGACGACGACGACCACCGAGAGACCCAUACGGUGCCCGUUCUGCGUCAACCAGCGGAUGCUGCGGUCCAUCAAGGAGGCCGUGGAGCACAUGUCCACGCAUGUCGUCGUGUGA